CUGGUACUAGUGUCUAGUUACUCUAGUAAUGUGUGACGUGUGUUCCUACAGCAAAUUAUAACCUUGAAACCUAAGUAAUUCAAUUGUGAUUUUUUAACAAUACUAAAAGUGAAAAAUAAAAACAUUGAUGCAAAUACUAGCUGAAGUGCAAUAUCAUAUUAUUGUGGGUGUUUGACUAUCUUGAAUCUGUCAUGGAUCAGAAUGAAUGGUCCAGUAAAAUGCUGAAUAUUGUCCAAUCAUUGAACUCUUUUCACCUCAAAGAUUCAUCUAAAAAGCAUUGUAAACCAUUCAUUGUUGAUGGUGACAUAAUUGGCAGUGUGCCACCAUAUGUUUUUCAACAACUUGAGACUUAUGAUAAAGUAUUUAGAGUCACUUCAGACUCUGUCAGUUUAAACAAUACUUUAAACUCAUCUACUGAAAGAACUUAUAAGAUUAACAAUGUUUUACAAUCUUUACGGGAGAAAGACAUCUUUUAUGCAUUGAAAGGAUGGAGAAAUGAGAUGUACAAUGUGUGUAAGUCGUUUGGACAAAAACCAUUAUUUCAGAUGGAGAGAUCCGCAGUGUCUCUGUUUGGCUUACAACAAUAUGGUGUUCACAUAAAUGGAUAUAAACAAGAUAAAGAUAAAAAUCUGCAUAUGUGGAUAGCACGACGCAGUUACAAGAAACCAACAUAUCCAGGAAAACUUGACCAAAUAGCUGCUGGUGGUAUCACUGCUGGUGAUGAUGUUCGUCAUACAAUGAUAAAAGAAUGUCAGGAAGAAGCAUCUAUUCCAGAGUUACUUGCGAGACAUGCUGUGUCUGUUGGUGCUGUAAGUUACUGUUAUGAGGAUGAAAGAGGAAUUUUUCCAGAAGUCGAGUUUGCUUUUGAUCUUGAGCUACCCAAUGACUUUCAACCUUGUGUUAGCGAUGGAGAAGUCCAUGAAUUUUAUUGUUGGCCGAUCGAAAAGGUGAGGGAGAAGCUUGUGUCAGGAGAGUUUAAAACGAACUGUGCUAUCAUAAUUUUGGAUUUCCUAAUUAGACACGGCAACAUACAGCCAGACACCGAGCCUAAUUUUGUUGAAUUUAUCACUGGAAUUCAUCAAGUCCCUGCGUCUAUACGUACCCAUAAAUAAUCCCGGAUUUAGAGAAAAUCACGCAGUGCCAGUUAUUAUUAAUUUGAUCAGAUAUGAACAUGUAAUUUAUAUAUUGCAUACAUGUAUACUACUUGUUGUUAAGCAGAAACAAACAAGCAUAAUAUAUAUUUAUAACUAAAUUGUCAAGGCAAGUCGGGAUUAUAUAAAAAUGAAGUAAAAAACUCGAGCAAGUCAUUUCAGCCAUGCAACUCCCAGAUUAGCCUGUGUAGUAUUAUAUGGCUAUGAUAAUUACACGUGAAACAAAUUUUACGGUCUUCUUUUAAGUGAAGUUUGUCAUUAACAAUAAAUGCA